AGUUAGCAGUUAGCAGGUGGUUAUGUUAACUGCAGGUUAACAGUGGUGUAGCUGCAGGUUAGCUUAGCAGGUGCUAACCAGCAGGUUAGCUGCAGGUUAGCUGCAGGUUAGCAUCACAACCAACAUGGCGGAGCCCAUAGUUCGUGCUUCCGGGAUCGUUCUGUCUUCUCUAAUGUUUCAGCAUCUGAACAGUGACUCGGACGCGGACGGCCUCCUGCUGGGACGGAUCAGCGUCGAGGAGCAGGUGACCAUCAGCGACUCUCAGGCGGAUCACAUCCACAUCGAGGAGAUCUACAAUAUUCAGAAGCACAUGACCUGUCCCCGGCUGAGCUGUUUUUACAACAGUGUUGGAGACGUGAACAUGGAGGAGCUACACAAAGUCCUUGCAGACAACAAGCAGGAGAACGUGAUUGGCUGGUACAGACAGCGACGGAACACCGAUCAACGGAUGACGUUCAGAGAAAAGAUCGUCCACGAGAACCUGAAGACGUGUCUGUCCAACCCUCACGUGCUGUUUGUGCUGCUGGCGUCCUGUAAGGUGAGGUCUUCAGGCUCCACCCACCAGACGGAGUACGGUGCCUUCAUCUCCCGCAGCAGGACGUUCCUCAACGUUCCCAUCCGGGUCACGAACCUGGGUUCACUGGAGCAGCAGGCGUACUGGAAGGAGUCCACUUCCUGUUCAGCAGCAGGUUAUAACCUCACCAUGGAGAAGCACGGGGCGAAGUUUUUCUCCUCCAACGGGCUCCUGAGAGAAGUCAAUGAAGUGAACAAAAUGAACGACUCUCUGCAGGUGGAGCUGCAGAAAGCGUGCAGAGAGGUGGAGGAGAGCGAGAGUCUUCUGGAGACGCUGCAGGCCGAUGUGUCACAGCUGAGGAGGAGAGUCCGAGAGAAGCGGCAGAAAGAAGCGGGAAAAAAGACCGUCAGCGAUCCGUCUGAGCACAGAGACAACCUGCUGCUCCGUGAGGCGCUCGCCGCUCGGUUCCCCAGCUCGCCGCUCUUCCACACACAGACGCUCACUCUGGAGGGGUUUCCUGUUCCUGUCGUCUGCGGCGCCAAACGCCAUGAACACGUUUCCACGAUCUCAAAGUGCGACGCUCCCGACUCCAGUGGGAAGAGGCCGGGAGCCGGGGAGGGAGAGGAAACACGGGAACAGCAGGUCCUCACUGGAGCUCGCGCCUGGUUCUAA